UGAGCGUAGAUAAUCUUUUGAGUACUUGUGUAAUUUUAAUUUCCUUGGCAUCUGAAUCUCUAGAGAAAAAUCGGUGAGUUUGUUAUGAAAAUAUGAUGGUAACGAUGAUAUUUGUGUGUGAGAAAGAGGUGUUGUGUGUCUGUUACGUGCAGGAAGAAUCGUCGAGUGUGAGCGAUUCAUUUCUAGAGAGAGGUUUGGUGAGAUCGCGUGAGCCAUUUGAGUGUACAUCCAACGAUUUCCCCUCUCCGCUAAUCGAUUUAUCAAAUCAGCCUUCAUUACCAUGUCGGAGAGGAAGCUGGUGGUUUUAGGUAUCCCAUGGGACGUGGAUACAGAAGGUCUAAGGGAAUAUAUGAUUAAAUUUGGAGACUUGGAGGACUGUAUUGUCAUGAAGGAGCGUGCUACUGGUCGUUCUCGUGGAUUCGGAUAUGUAACAUUUGCUACAGUUGAAGAUGCUAAGAAUGCAUUGUCUAAGGAGCACUUCCUUGGAAACAGAAUGCUGGAAGUGAAAGUGGCGACACCAAAGGAGGAGAUGAGGCAUCCUGCAAAGAAAGUUACCCGGGUUUUUGUUGCUAGAAUUCCACCGUCGGUGUCUGAAGCUACUUUCAGAAGUUAUUUUGAGAAGUACGGUGAAAUAACGGAUCUAUACAUGCCAAAGGAUCCAACUACAAAGGGACAUCGUGGAAUUGGGUUUAUUACUUUUGCAAAUGCUGAAUCAGUUGAUGAUCUGAUGGGUGACACACACGAACUGGGAGGUUCCACAAUUGUGGUCGACCGAGCAACGCCCAAGGAAGAAGAUUCCAGACCUGUUAGUCGGAUGCCUCAGGGUGGAGGAGGAUAUGGUGCAUAUAAUGCAUAUAUUAGUGCAACUAGAUAUGCUGCGCUUGGUGCUCCCACAUUAUAUGAUCAUCCAGGCUCUAUGUAUGGACGAGGAGGAGGAUAUCCUUCUCGUGGCAUGGGCAAGAAGAUCUUUGUUGGUCGACUACCUCAAGAGGCAACAGCUGAAGAUCUUCGCCAGUAUUUUGGUAGAUUUGGCCGUAUUUUAGAUGUUUAUGUUCCAAAGGAUCCCAAGAGACCAGGACACAGAGGGUUUGGUUUUGUCACAUUUGCUGACGAUGGUGUCGCAGAUCGUGUUUCUCGGAGGCCUCACGAGAUAUGUGGACAGCAGGUUGCAAUAGAUUCUGCCACUCCCCUUGAUGAUGCUGGUCCAAGUAGUCAGUACAUGAUGGAUCCUCCUCCUCCUCCUCCUCCUGAACCGUAUGGGGGAUAUGGUGGUCCUAUGCGUUCCUAUGGUAGGAUGUAUGGGGGCCUAGACUAUGAUGAUUGGGGUUACGGCCUGGGUGGAGGGAGACCUUCAAGAGCAGAUAUGAGAUACAGGCCCUACUAGCGGGUGUGCCCAGUAGCUUGUGUGGCAUGAAGUUGGAAGCUGUCUGAAUUUCUAAAUGAUAGGUGUUGGGUGUCAACUUAUAUACUAUGUCAUAUUUGACUCAGCUUAUUAUGCGACAUUAUGAUAUAUGUGCUACUGGUAUUUCCUUGAUUUGAAUCAAGGAUCUGUAUUGAUGGAUUGUGUAAUUCACUUCCUGCUCGACCCAUUGAAUUGGAAGUGCAAUAGAAACGGAGAUGAGAAUUGUUUUGUUUUUUUCAUAUC